GCUGGGCUGGGUUGUGCUGCUGUGGGCGGCCCGGCCGCGUUUGGCGCCAUCGCCAAACCGCCAUGGAGCCCGAGCGGCUGCGGCGCCGCCUCAGCUCCGCGUUCCGCCUGCGGGGGCUCCUCCUGCGCCCGGAUGCCCUGAAGUAUCUCACUGAAGCUUUUCAGUCUGUCAGUGAAGGAGAACUUGACGAUGUAAUUGAAAAUGUCAUCGAUGCAGUUGAAAAACAGCGUUUGUCAUCUAAUAUGAUUGAACAGCCCACGGUGGAAGCAGCUGUCCAGGAAUGCAGCCGGUCCCCGGAUGAGACAACAGAAGAUGUUUUCAACAUUAUUGGAGCCUUCGAUAUCCCACGUUAUAUUUAUAAUUCAGAAAGAAAGAAGUUUCUGCCCCUGUCCAUGACUGACCUCCCUGGGCCCAGUUUAUUUGGGACUGCCCGAGACAAGGCCGAGCUGUUCCGGGAGCGCUACUCCAUCCUCCAGCAGAGGACUCACAGACAUGAGCUGUUCACUCCUUCACCAAUCGUUGCUCAUCCUGAUGACAGCAARAGCAAAUUCCAGCUAAAGACAAUAGAAACUCUCUUGGGCAAUACAGCUAAAGUGGGAGAAGUGAUYGUGCUUGGGAUGAUCACUCAGCUCAAGGAGGGGAAAUUUUUCCUAGAAGACCCCACUGGAGUGGUCCAGCUAGACCUUAGUAAAGCACAGUUCCACAGUGGGUUAUAUACUGAAUCCUGCUUUGUUUUGGCAGAAGGUUGGUAUGAAGACCAAGUUUUUCAUGUGAACGCUUUUGGAUUUCCGCCCACUGAGCCUUCUGCUACCACGAGAGCCUUCUAUGGGAAUAUAAACUUCUUUGGAGGGCCUUCUUCAUCUUCAGUCAAGGCUUCUGCCAAACUGAAGCAGCUGGAGGAGGAGAAUGAAGAUGCCAUGUUUGUGUUUGUCUCUGACGUGUGGCUGGACCAGGCAGAAGUGCUGGAAAAACUUCACACGAUGUUUUCGGGUUAUUCCUCUGCACCUCCCACCUGCUUUUUCUUCUGUGGAAAUUUUUCAUCUGCGCCAUAUGGAAAAAAUCAAAUCCAGUCCCUGAAAGGUUCUCUGAAGGCUCUGGCAGAUAUUAUAUGUGAAUAUCCCAGCAUCCAUAAAAGUAGUCGAUUUGUGUUUGUCCCUGGCCCUGAAGAUCCUGGUCCUGGUUCUAUUUUACCCAGACCCCCUCUGGCUGAAAAUAUCACUCAGGAAUUCAGACAGCUGGUGCCAUUUUCAGUUUUCACCACAAAUCCCUGCAGGGUUCAAUACUGCACUCAAGAAAUUAUUAUUUUUCGAGAAGAUUUGGUCAACAAAAUGUGCAGGAACUGUGUCCGCUUCCCAAGCAGCAACAUGGACAUUCCCAACCACUUUGUGAAGACCAUUUUAUCCCAGGGGCACCUGACCCCUUUGCCACUGUACGUCAGCCCCGUGUUCUGGGCUUUUGAUUAUUCCCUGAGGGUUUAUCCUGUGCCAGACCUGCUCAUCAUUGCUGACAAAUAUGAUCCCUUCACUGUCACCAACACUGACUGCCUCUGCAUCAACCCGGUAAAAUUUCAAAUUUUAAAAUUUCAAAUUUUCCCCAUCUGGCUGCCUCUCAUUCCCUGCACUGAAUUUUGCUCACAUUUGUUUUCCCCUACAGGGUUCGUUUCCCAGAAGUGGAUUUUCCUUCAAGGUGUUCUACCCCUCCAACAAGACAGUUGAAGACAGCAAGCUUCAGGUGCUCUGAAUUUUUGUGAGACUGAAAAAAGGCAGUGAACCCAUGUGAAGCAAACUGUAGCUCUUAUUUUUUUACAUGCCGUGGUUUCAUGAUGUAUUGUGGACUUUUUAUAACAAAUGCCAAAGUCAAGAACUAUUUGUUUUGUACACAAAUAAACUUUUACAGAA